AUGGCGCCACUCACAGGAGCAAAAGUGAUAGCACAGGCAUUGCACGAUCUUGAUAUUACCGUCCUACACACUCUCGUCGGAAUACCCGUUGCUGAUAUUGCAGAAGAAGCCAUUGAUUUGGGCAUUCGUGUCAUUGGGUAUCGCAACGAGCAGGCAUGUAGCUAUGCCGCCUCGAUAUAUGGCUACCUCACUGGUCGCCCUGGAGUGCUUCUCUUGACUGGUGGACCAGGGAUAAUUCAUGGCAUGGCAGGAAUCACCAAUGCCUCGACAAAUGCAUUUCCCCUGCUUGUGCUCGGAGGCUCCUCGGAAUCUACCAGUGUGACAAAAGGCGGCUUCCAAGAGCUAGACGCCAUCGCUUUGUUGACUCCCCAUACUAAGACCGCUAUUCGACCAUCCUCAAAAGAGCCGACGGCCAUCGUGGCCGCCUUACGUACGGCCUAUCGCAUAGCAUGGUAUGGCCGACCGGGACCAACCUUUGUCGACCUACCGACUGAUCUCAUCAUGGAGCCUUCGCCUGCUGACCGUAGAGUAGACAGGCCCGUCAUUUCAGUAUCUCCACCUCCAAAGCCUGGUCCAUCUUCGGAUCUCAUCACGUCCGCAGCUCGACUACUUCGAUCGAGUUCUGCUCCGCUCGUUAUCAUCGGCAAAGGUGCCGCAUAUGCACGCGCAGAGUCCACAAUCCGCUCACUCAUCUCGACACACCACCUCCCAUUCCUCCCAACGCCUAUGGGGAAAGGGGUCGUUCCAGACUCACACGCUUUAAACACAAGUUCCGCACGCUCAGCCGCGCUCAAGAACGCAGACCUAGUUCUGCUCUUGGGAGCGAGACCGAACUGGAUUGUGCAUUUCGGCGAAGCUCCAAAAUACCGCCCUGAUGUGAAGAUCAUCCAGGUAGACAUCUCUCCAGAAGAGCUUGGACGAGCGAACUCGCUAGGAGAGCCCGCACUCAGUAUCUUCGGGGACAUCGGCUUGGUUGUCGACCAAAUAAAGGCUGAAUUGGGUGACUGGAAAGCGUUCUCAGAGCCCCGAGUCGUUUCCGAUCCCACUGCAGCAUCAUCGUCUUACCUGGAUCUACUGUCCAGAGGAGCAGCAACUAAUUCGGCCAAGACCUCCGAGGCAGCCGAGAAGAUGACUCCAGUGAGCGGGCAGCUAAUUUACCAACGAGCUUACCAUAUCAUCAAAUCCACGGUCAACAGUCUGUCACCACCGUCAAAAGGUGAAAUCGUGUACGUCGCCGAAGGCGCGAAUACGAUGGACAUCUCACGGUCCUCAUUCCCACUAGAACAACCACGCCAGCGUCUCGACGCAGGAACGUGGGGCACCAUGGGCGUUGGACUAGGCUAUGCCAUCGGCGCAUGGUCAGCGUAUAAUCUACCAUCGCGGACGAAGAAGAUCAUCGCAUUAGAAGGUGACUCCGCGCUCGGAUUCUCCGGGAUGGAGAUCGAGACUAUGGCACGCCACCGCAUGGACAUCGUGAUCAUCGUGAUGAACAACUCUGGAAUCUACAAAGGCGAUGCAACGUCAGCAACGCAAUGGAAAGAAAUGCAAGACCGGACAUCGUCGAGUGAGACCGCUGCGUCGAACUUAAAGGAUCGAGUCAAAAGCCUUCGAUCUAGUUCGUUGCUCUAUGAGACUAGGUAUGAGCAUCUUGCGGAGAUGGUCGGUGGGACAGGAUUCUUCGUGCGAAGUGAAGAGGAGUUGAGAACAGCAACAAGGAAAGCAUUCCAAGAGAAGGAAAAGGUCCCAUGUGUGCUGAACGUCAUCAUUGAUCCGGGGAUCAACAUGGACGCAAGCUUUGGCUGGUUGGAAACGAAGGAGAAGCAUAGGGGAGGAGGGCAGAGUAAAUUGUGA